AUGUCUGUCAAGGUCGAAGAGACGGUCGAUAACCAACCGCUGGAUCUGAAGCAGAAGUGCAUUAAUUGUUUUAGAGGCCCAAAUACAUUAAGGACUGUAGUUACCUUGAUCUGUGUGGCAGUCGUCGUACAACAGAUUACAAUAUGCAGUCUAAAGUUGCAUAAUCGUCCCAUAACGACGUACACGCAUUUUGAUUUUAAUCAGACAAUCACAUACCCAAGCGUCACCUUCUGCAGAGAGCCGCCUUACAAACAUGACAAAUUAUCGGAUUAUGGACUCUACGCUCACCCACGACUCACUUCAACUUGGAGGAACUUCAAUUUUUCUAGCAUACCUCUAGACGAGCUAUGGGAGGAAAUAACGUAUGAUGCUGACGAUUUCUUCGUGCAGUACGGUUUGGAUACACAAAGAGACAAUGUUAAACUAACUCCAGUAAUGGGCUUCAUAACUGGCCGUUGCUACACCGUAUCACCGAAGGUGUUAGACAUUAAAGCCAGUACAACUCUGAAAAGUGGGUACUCGAUAACCUUGCAGCAUUUCGCCUCAGAUCUGGAGGAUCCUAUUAGCAUUCUUCCACCAGGAUAUCACGUGCACGUACACUAUCUCAGAGAACCAUUUACAGAAGUAGAAGUAUACAACGGAGGUUUGGUGGACUAUUUGUACGUGAAUACAGGAGAGAAGGUAGAUGUGAAGCUAAAGGUCGAUGAGUACAUUAUGAUAAGUGAAGUCCAGGAUCCUUGUUCUAAUGAAGAUAAUUAUAGCGCCAAUGUGUGUACAACUCAGCACGUGACGGAUGUAGUAGCUGAGAGUGUGGGCUGCUCUGGACCGUGGAUGCAAAGUGAUCUACCGUAUUGUAACAAUUUUGAAGACAUGAGAAAUCUCAUUUCGUCUUAUGUUAGUACGUACCAAAACCACGAAUACGAAUCUUGUCCUCGAUUCUGCCGGUCAUAUCUUUACAACGCAUACGUAACGGACAGACAGAAGCACUAUACAUGGGAUCCUCAAAAUUUCGAAUUGAAAAAUAAUGUUGAUCGAUCGAAUUUGCAGACACAGAUCUACAUUCAUUUUAACAACAUGAUGGUAUCCGUCUAUGAGGAGAGAUUUAACUACGAUUGGAAUCUAUUCCUAUCAGAUCUCGGCGGUAGUAUUGGAUUUCUUUUGGGUCUGUCGGUUAUCGGAUUAAUUGACAUCAUUGGUAAUUUAUGGAUUGACCUGAUACGACCUUCAGUUGUCAAGAAGAAGAAGGAGACCAGUGUUCCAGCUUUUCAAACCAAUGUAGCCACUAUUACAAAUAACGAAGAACUGAAAAUAGAUCAAUGGAGACGUUGA